GGAGGCUUCCUUUUUUUCCCCACCAACGCCUCCCAGAAGACGCUUCUGGAGACUUCCUUCCCUUCUUCUAUCUCUUUCUCUUUCUCUCUCUCUCUCUCUUUGUCUGUGGGUGGCGGCGGUUCUGGAGGGCUUAGGAGUCGGAAAGAAAGCUGCUGAAGCGAAAGGAGUGUUUGGAUUUGCUGGAAAAUGGCUGAACAAGAGGAGGAAGGAGACGGAGGAGGAGGAGGAGGAGGAGAAGGAGAAGAGAAAGGGGAGAAGCAGAAGAAAAAGAAGCAGGGCCCUCAGCUUUUCAUGUGGGGGUUCCUUCCAGGAGCGUCAGUGGAGAGGGCGCCUCUGUUAUCCCCUUCCCUGGUUCCUUCCCCGACAUCCGGAGACGUUCUGAAGGAUGUUUGCGGUGGUGGGUGCGGAUUCGCAAUGGCGAUUUCCGAAUCGGGGAAGCUUUUCACUUGGGGUUCAACAGACGAUAUGGGUCAAAGCCAUGUGACUUCAGGAGGCCAUGUGGAAUUACCAGAGCAAUUCCAUCUUCCCACAGAUGUGCCUAUAGUGAAAGCUGCAGCAGGGUGGGCACAUUGUGCUUCAGUCACUGAAAAGGGUGAAGUCCACACUUGGGGUUGGAGAGAGUGUAUUCCAAGUGGGAACACUGUUAUAGAUUCUGCUGCUACUGGAGCAUUUAGGUUGGAAGAUGGCGAUGGACGUUUGACCUGUCAAAGUGAUGAAGGGAAUCACAGAAAGUGCUCCACUACAGAUAAUUGUGACUAUCCUCAGGCAUCUCUUCAUGCAUCCUCUGACGUUUCCCAAAAUGGUGCUGGCCAUGAAAGUAAAUCUUCUAGCAUCCACAGUGAUGUCACAGAGGGCAGUAAGCGUCGGAGAUUGUUGUAUACAAGACAAACACAGGAUGGAACAGAUGCAGCUGAAGAAGAUAUUUCAGCUCCGUUAAGCCUUGUCACAGUGUGUUUAGGAACUAAAGUUACGAUGGUUGCUACUGGUGGACGCCAUACUUUGGCUUUGUCAGACAGUGGUCAACUAUGGGGCUGGGGCUAUGGAGGGGAAGGACAGCUUGGUUUAGGGUCUCGUGUUCGAUCUGUAUCAUCUCCUCAUAUUAUCACUUGCUUUGGAGCCUCUUCCUAUCAGAAGCAAAGAUUGCAAGCAUGUUCUAUAGAAUCGAGUCACUUGGAUGAAAAAGUUUGUACAACCAAACCUUAUGGAAGUUACAUUAAGGCUAUUGCUUGUGGAGGUCGGCACAGUGCUGUUAUAACAGAUGCUGGGACAUUGCUGACGUUUGGCUGGGGACUCUAUGGGCAGUGUGGACAAGGAAGUACUGAUGAUAAACUUAGCCCCACUGUUGUAGCCUCCUUGGGUGGCAUUCCUGUAGAAGGAGUUGGUGCUGGAUUAUGGCAUACUGUCUGCAUAUCCAAGGAUGGAGAUGUUUAUGCUUUUGGAGGAAAUCAAUUUGGGCAAUUAGGGAUUGGUGAAGAUCAGGCUAUGACCUUACCGAAGUUGUUGGAGGAUGCAAUUCUUGAAAACAAGCAUGUUAAGAUUGUGUCAUGUGGUGCUCGCCAUAGUGCCAUUGUGACUGAAGAUGGAAAAGCUUUUUCUUGGGGCUGGAACAAGUAUGGGCAGCUUGGCUUGGGAGAUGCGGUGGAUCGAAAUCUUCCACUUGAAGUUCCUUUUAAGGGGUAUCUUGUAAAGAACAUCGCCUGUGGUUGGUGGCAUACAUUAGCCUUGGCGGAACACAGUGACCACAAGUGAAGUCAUUUUAUGGAAGUGAAAAACGGUUGAUUGGUCUCUCUCUUUUCUUUGAGUUUUUGCUUUCUUUUAAGUUAUCACUUUUCCUUUCCAUUUUAGGCUCAUGCUUAAGUGGGUGGUUGCUUCAGGGUGAACGUCCAUCUUCAAAUUUAGUGCUGGAGUGAUGGCCUUGCAUGGGUUGUGGGUACCGGAUGCUAA